AUGGCAUCAUCGUUACAAAUGUGUGCAUUGCUGCUGGCUUUAACAGGAUUCACCAUUUUACUUGUCACUACCAUGUCCAACAGAUGGAAAAUUUCUGACACUACAGCAGUGCUAGUUCCUGCAGAAAGAAUUUCUGAAGGUCUUUGGAUGGACUGCACAGUUACUGAUUUUGGAUCAACACAGUGCAAGAAGUUUCUCUACAUGUUGAGUUCAGAUAUCCACAUUCAGGCAUGCCGUGCCUUGAUGAUUGUUUCCAUCCUUUUGGGAUUUAUAGCUGCAGUGCUCUCACUUCUUGGUUUAAAAUGCACAAACAUUGGGCUAAGUGAUGAAGAUGGAAAAAUGAAGUUUGCUGUCACAGGAGGAUUUCUCUUUAUUUUAGGAGGUCUCUCUUCGAUGGUGGCUGUUUCUUGGUAUGCUGCGAUGAUUACUGCUCAGUUUUUUGACCCACUGUACGCUGGAACCAAAUACGAACUAGGAGAUGCUCUGUACUUAGGCUGGGCUGGAUCUAUUCUUUAUAUACUUGGUGGUAUCUUCCUAACCUGCUCAUGCAAAGGGAAGAAAAAACUGGAAUACAGUGCCAACAAAUACAGAUAUUCAGCAGGCCAGCCAGCCCUUCAGCAGCAAAUUUACACCAAAAACUCUGAGACAGUCACAAGUGCCAAGGAGUAUGUCUAAACUGAUAUUUUUACAUCACUUGUAAUGUUAGUAGGUUAUGAAUUUAAAUUAGCAAAGUGAACUACUUCCAGUGUUUCGGUUCCAAGUUGCUAUCUUUCAUCUUAAUUUGGAGAUGAUUUACAUCUGAGCACCUCCUCCUGGAAAUGGUUUUAAAGUAGAAAUAGGUUUCCACAGAGAAUGAAAUCCUGCAGCAUGAAGAUUGUCUCUGUGCUGAGAAGCCUGGUCAAAUUGAAUCACAGAGUGUGGUACAUCCUGAUAAUCAAGACCAACUUUUUCUAUUUCAGAAAACUAAAAAAUGUGGAACUCAUAUGCUGUAGCUGCCUGCAAGUUAAUAUAGCUCACUGUUAGAAAUGUAUUGUGUUUUCAUUAAUGUUUAGCAGCUUUGGCUUUUGACAGUAAAGCUUUAUUCCACUGACUGACUGAAACAGAUUUUUUGAUGAGAAGCAUCCUGGCUAUUAAUGAAGAUGCAGUCUACGUACCAGGGCUUGAAGUCUCAUGGUAUACUGAAAUACAUAUUAUGUAUAUAGUCAAAAUUUAUGAAACCUUUGAAAAUCCUUUAGAAAUCUCCAUUCGCCUCUGUAUCUGCAGAUGUGCAACUAAUUCCUUGUUGGUUGAAAUGCAGCUAGGAAAGAUAAAUGACGCAAGAAUGAACCAAACACAGCUGGGAGUGGAGAAAGCAUUUGGUCAGACUAUGCCUUGUCGUAACUAGAAGACAGCCCUGAUUUUUUAUUUUUAUUUCUAUGUUUUCAGGUUUUAAAAUAAUUCUAUUUUAACUUCCAGCAAUCUCUUACUUUGCAAACUUCUCUUGCAUCUGAAUUGCCUCAUUCAUCAGUUGCUUUAUUCUCUGUCGUGAUUCCUGCUUUAGAAUUUCUGCCUUAAACUGCGCCACUAUUGGGAGCAUAUGUUUGGCUUAUGUAAGCACUUAAGACAUGAAGAUGAACUAACUUUCCUUAUGUUUUGAGCAAUGUGGAAUGGAGUUUUACUCUGUAGGUUCUUGGUGUUCAUAACUUCCCUCUUACAUUAUAAAUGUUUUAAUACAGUUCAACAAAAUACUUUGGUAUUUCUUUCUGCUUUUAACAUCUUUUGGCAAAACAUAGCAGUAGUCUUUAGAAGCUUCACGCAUCUUCCUGAGCCUUCCUUCUUUGUCUAUCCAAAUAGAUAAUUUCACAGUGCAACCUGCAAGUACUCUUAGAAAAAAUAGUUUAGCCACGUUGCUUGCAUACAAGUACAGCUAGCUGAACAGCUGACUUGUAAACUGACCAUUAAAGCAUGAAUUUGGGCACUUGUAGAUCCUUUUAAACUUAGUAAAUAAAGCUAAAAGGAGUGAUAAUUACUGUUGUGUUGCUGGUGUCAUCUUCUUCCCUCCACUAUGAACUGUUCUUCUUAAAAUCAUUCCUUUGGUGUAUUGGUGAAUAAUUUCAAAAGCAGAAAAGCCACUUAACUUGCAAGGCAGGAGGUGAACGCCUUACCAUCACCUGAAUAUUCUGUCCUCUGGACUUCUAUGUAAUUUUGUGAUGGUACUUUAGUCUAGUUGAAAUUAAGGGAAAUUUAGAUCUCAAGCGGAGCAGUUCCUUUGUCAGCUUCCCACCAGAGACUUCAGCUCAUGAAGAUGAAUUAUGAUCCUGUAGGUGAGAGGGCAAUCCAGAGCUUCCUCAGUCUUGCAUUGGAUCUUCCAGUGACAUCACUGGGAAGUUUAAUGAAAACCAAAAGAUGAGUAAAAAUCUCCAUGUAAUAACUCAUUCGUUCAUUCAAUACAUGAUCUUCAUAUUCAGUGUUACUCAGGGGAAAAUAAACGUUGCAGAUACCAUGUCUUUCAUCUGUUUGUUUACAUCCCUUUCAACAAUUUUGUGUUUUUGCUGUUUUCCCCUGUUUAUCUGCCCCUUUUUCUUCAACAGUAAUGCUCUGAAUGAAUUUAAUGGACCGUCCACUCAGUCUGGGGAGUA